AACCCAAAGAUAGUAGAAGACAAUAAACAGCGAAAAUCAAUAAAAUAGAAGACAAAUGCAUGAGAGAAAAAGUCAAGAAGAUCAGCUCAGUUAUUCAUUUUAAAAGACUAACAAUCACUCUCUAUUAACAAGAACGAUCAAGAAAGAAAAGAAGUGCCUAGUACGUUCCAGACUCCAGCGUGUUCCCUGUGUUAGCCAGACCUGCACUCUGAGGCAGGCAUCGCUAGCCCUUUCACAGAGCAAGAAGUUGUUUCAUGGAGAUUCUGUAGUCGGCCAACUUAGUCUACCUAGGAAGUGCUGGGGCUGGAUUUAACCCCUCAGUCUCCCCAGACACGUCGAUAAGGCCUACUUUGUGCUGGGCAGGAGGCUGGGCAGUGAGGCCGUAGAGGUGACCAAGGAAGUCAUUAAGUACAAGACUGACCCCGAGAUGGAGAAGGAGCUUCAGCGGCUCGGGGAGGGGAUCGUGGUCAAGACCAGACUGACGGAAAGGUGUGAUUUAGAGGUCUACCAGCUGAAGCAGGAAAUCCAGGCCCUGAAAGACACCAAACCCCAGGCCCAGACCAAAGAGGUGGUCCAGGAGAUCCUCCAAUUCCAGGAAGACCCUCAAAUCAAGGAGGAGUUGGAGUCUCUGAGGGCAAGGCUCUCAGAGGAACAGAAGAGGUAAGUGGACCUGGAGAGGGAGAGGGC